CCUCGAAUCGUGGCCUUCCUGAAACCUACUGCCACUAAGUGACCUUCACGAUCUCACCACCUCUCUCUUUCUCUCUCGCAUUCAUUACUUUUUUCAUUUAUUCGCAAGCCCGGAUCACCACAUGACCAUUUCGUUCCCUGCUUCCAUUUCCUCAAACAACCCCGCUCUUUCUCACUUUCACAUAUAUCAGCAACAAGCCUUCUGCUCUUAAAAAUCUCUUUUGCCACCCCAGUUUGUUUCCUUCCUUUCCUCACCUUUUCUUUGGAUUCUUUUGACUUCUUAGCUUAAAGAAUAACCUUCCCCACCACCCCCCACACACACCCCACCCUUCUCUAUCCGUGGCGUGACAUUUUCAAUUUGUUGUUUCCAUUGAGGGAAGGAGAUUCUUCCUGUUUUGUCCCCCUCUUCUUAUCCUCUUCUGGUUGUUGUGAUUUGAAUUCAGGGAGUGAAGGGGUGGCCUUCUUUUCCUUUUCUUUUCUUUCUUUUUUUUUCCUUUGACAGGGGGAGGAGGUUCUGCUUGUAUUAGUUGUUUGUUGAAUGGUUUGUUGUUGUUAAUGUCUUUGGCUGUUGGAGUUGUUUCAAGUUCCAAGAGUAGUAGCAUGGGGUUUGAUGAUAAGAACAAUGGGGAUGAGAAGAAUGGGGGAACAAGUCCUGCUCCAGGAACUAAUGCUGGUAAAACGGGGCCAGUUGACCCUGAGAUUGAGCAAGAAUCUGUUGAAAAAAUCAACAGGCAGAUGAGUGAGAGCUCUAUUUAUACCACGGAAGACGAGGAGGAUGAAGAUUCUGAUGCCAAUAUACAAUUAGGCCCUCAAUUUACCCUCAAAGAACUUCAAGAGAAGGAUAAGGAUGAUGAGAGUUUGAGAAGGUGGAAGGAGCAACUCCUCGGGAGUGUUGAUAUCAAUUCUGUUGGAGAGACUCUGGAUCCUGAAGUGAGGAUCUUAAGUCUUGCAAUCAAGUCUCCUGGAAGAUCUGAUAUUUUUCUUCCGAUUCCUGAGGAUGGAAAGCCAGAAGGGCCAUGGUUUGCAUUGAAAGAAGGCAGCCGUUACAGCCUCGAAUUCACUUUCCAGGUCAACAAUAACAUAGUAUCAGGCCUCAAAUACACAAAUGCAGUUUGGAAAACUGGUAUUAAAGUGGACAGUACAAAACAAAUGAUAGGAACCUUCAGUCCGCAGGCAGAACCUUACACACAUAAAAUGCCAGAAGAGACAACCCCUUCUGGCAUGUUUGCAAGAGGAUCAUACUCAGCUCGAACAAAGUUUCUUGAUGAUGAUAAUAAGUGCUACUUGGAGAUCAACUACACAUUUGAAAUCAAGAAAGAGUGGCAGGCAACCAAUAAUUGAUGCUUUUUGCUGGAAAUCUAGUUUCCUCGCCGCAGAAUGUAGCUCUGUUUGGGUUGUAGCUUAGUUAUGCCAAUCUUUCUUCAAACUUUCUCGAGGAAGGAGGAGAGAACAGACAGCAAUCGACAAAAAAAAAAUGGAAUGGAGAAGAAAAAGAGAGGAAGAAAGAAAAUCUGUCAAUGAUUGAUUGAUUGAUGCUCGAAGUGUUUAGCUUCUAGAUUGUUGUUUAUCAUUCUCUUGGUACAAGUAAGGUCAUUGUUUU